UUUGCAACUGCUAAUACUGAAGGUUGGACGAUUUAUGGAAUUCAUCCACUUAGAAUCAUUCAAAAACAUACGAUUCCUAACGCAUCAUUAAAAUUUGUUUUACCAAUUCAUCGAAGUAAUAUCAUCUUUUUGGUUGGAGGACCACCGAGUCCAUUAUAUUCACCAAACAAAGUCAUCAUAUAUGAUAUCUCAAUCUCAAAACCGAUUUCAUCCAUCGAAUUUUCAUCACAAGUUCUAGGUCUAACAGCAAGACGUGAUAAAUUGAUUGUAGUUUUACUAAACCGAUUGAUUUUGUUAAAUCUUUAUACUCAAAACAACACAACAGUAGAAGAAGUCGGUGAAUGGGAUACAUGUAGUAAUCCUCAUGGAUUGGUCUGUUUAGGAACAGAGAUUGGUAGUACUUUAUUAGUUUUUCCAGGUCGACAAACUGGACAAGUUCAAAUUAUGAAAUCUGAAAUUCGAAAAGAUCCUUACCCAUCUACUUCUAUUUUAGUUGCUCAUACUACUCCUUUGGCUGCUUUGGCUAUCACACCUGAUGGUCAUCUGAUUGCGACAGCUUCAAAUACUGGUACAUUGAUUAGAAUUUGGGAUUCGAAAAGUAGUAAACUAUUGAGAGAAUUGAGACGUGGAACUGAUGGUGCAUCGGUUUGGGGAUUGAGAUUUAAACCUGAUGGAUCAGCUAUCUGUGCUAGUAGUGAUAAAGGCACGAUUCAUCUUUGGAAUCUG